AACUGCUUUGCAGAAACGAUGUAACUUUUAUUCUUCUACACUUUAGAUUUGGUGACCACUCAAGGAUGAGAGAGAACUAUACUCUAAUCACUGAGUUUAUUUUGCAAGGUUUCUCCAGCUUCCAUGAGCACCAGAUCACCCUUUUUGGGGUGUUCCUUGCACUCUACGUCCUGACCCUAGCAGGCAAUGUGAUCAUUGUAAGCAUCAUCCGAGUUGAUCGCCACCUUCACACACCCAUGUACUUCUUCCUAAGUAUGCUGUCCACUUCAGAGACUGUGUACACACUGGUCAUUCUCCCAAGGAUGCUGUCCAGCCUUGUAGGCAUGAGCCAGUCCAUAUCCCUGGCAGGUUGUGCCACACAGAUGUUUUUUUUUGUAACCUUUGGCAUUACUAACUGCUUCCUGCUCACGGCAAUGGGAUAUGACCGCUAUGUGGCCAUCUGCAACCCUCUGAGAUACACAGUUAUUAUGAACAAGAGGGUAUGUGCCCAGCUAGUUUGGGGGGCCUGCAGCAUUGGCCUGAUUGUAGCAAUAACACAGGUGACAUCUGUCUUCAGAUUACCUUUCUGUGCCACAAAGGUGGCCCACUUCUUCUGUGACAUCCGACCUGUGAUGAAGCUGUCCUGUGUUGACACCACUGUCAAUGAGAUCUUGACUUUGAUCAUUAGUGUGCUGGUGCUUGUUGUACCCAUGGGUCUGGUUUUCAUCUCUUAUGUUCUCAUUAUCUCUACAAUCCUCAAGAUUGCCUCUGCUGAGGGCAGAAAGAAGGCCUUUGCCACCUGCGCCUCCCACCUCACUGUGGUCAUUGUCCACUAUGGCUGUGCCUCCAUCGCCUACCUCAAGCCCAAGUCAGAGAACACCAGGGAUCAGGACCAGCUGAUCUCUGUGACCUACACUGUCAUCACCCCCCUACUGAACCCUGUGGUGUACACCCUGAGGAACAAAGAGGUCAAGGAUGCUCUGUUCAGGGCUGUUGGUGGGAAGCUCUCUUGAUAAUCUGGGAAGAUUCCUCCUGAGCCUCUAAGCAUCCACUCUUUACAGGGAUCGG